UUAACCGAUGCGCGGCGGUCUUAUCAAGGAGUACAAUUCAUUUAAUCGCAGCAUCAUUUAGCGUGGGGCAAGCGCAAUAACCGCGUCUUGUUCUGCCGACCAGCUUGGCGUCGUAACAUGCUGCAUCACAAGUAUGCGAGUGGGAUGUGAGCACGAGUGACCCUUGUAGCUAGUAUAAAUCUUGCCACUAGUGAUCCUAGUAGCUAUAUAAAUCGAUCAGCUUGGCGUCGUAACAUGCUGCAUCACAAGUAGUACUACAUACAUACUAUAAAUCACAGGCUUUUGCUUGGGAGGGGAUCGAGCCUCUUCAAUUUGUAUCAUGGCGCAAAGUACUGAAAUGGAAGCUUGGACAGUUGAGGCGAGCAGAGAGGAUUCAUCCACCAAAAUCAUCACCAUCCAAGUCGACUCAUCACAACCUUUUCAACACGGACAAGUGGGCGAGUCUCCUAGCACAACGGCAAAGCACUAUACGAGAGUCUGGAAUCUUGACUCCGACUUGGAGGCAGGGAAAGAACUGCUGGCCAAACAAACUGGGACGAACACUAUUGUUUCCCUCCAGAAUGCUCCCAAGGUCCGUGGAGAGCUCCGUGGCGCAGACGAAGACAGCUACACACCGCACCGCGUGCCGAUCGGCCCUUACCAUCGCAAUUGUUCAUCUUCAUUGAUUGCAAAAGAAAAGCUGCGCUAUGUUGGCUUCAUGCAGAGUCUCUCCGAGAGAUACAAGGGAGAUGGCCUUAGUGGUCUAGUGGAGGACUUGGAGCCCCGAGCAAGGGAAUGGUACGGGGACGGGGUCGCUGACAUGACGCCGGAAGAGUUGGCGAGGAUGCUGCUGCAUGAUGGGUGCUACCUGCUGGGCUGGUUGGGGAACUAUCCGGACGCCCCUCAAGCAUCCUGCAACGACCACAACACGGUGUUUCGCGACAUCCUUUACCUCAUAGAGAACCAGAUGCCUUUCUUUCUUCUUGACAAGAUUCACGCGCGCGCCACAGGAGGUUCCAGCAGUCUACUCCAGUACAUGGCAGCAUAUAUCCAGAGUCUGCUGCAUGCUCAGCUCUACAUCAGCCCAGGGAAGCAGAGCCUGAUGGAGCAGCCAUGCCACCUGCUGCACCUAGUGCAUGAAUACUUCCGUCCAGCCAACUUGCUGCCGUCUACAGAUCCGCAGCCACCCGGGCGCACUGGUCGAUGGCGCCGGGCGACGGCGUACCGCUUGCACGCCAAGGUGAAGUUCAUGCCCCGGGACUUCGCGGACGAAGUGACUUCGGUCCUCGACGUGCACCUUGAAGGAGGCACGCUGUGGAUCCCUCGCCUGCAAGUCUGCAGGGACACGUGGACGCUCCUACGUAACCUGAUGGCGCUGGAGGAGCAGAUGCCAAAGAGGCCCGUCACGGCGUACUGCAUCUUCAUGUCGCAGGUGGCGUGUACGGUGGAGGACGUACGGCUCCUGGUUGAUGCAAAGAUCGUCGAACACUUCGAGGGCAGCGACGAGAUUGCCGCCCAAGGCUUUGCCGACCUCUGCAAGGGGGUGGUCAUGGACGUCGAUGACAUCCAGAGGAACUACCUCAAGCCCAUCUGGCAUGACCUGGAGAAGCGCAACAAGAGUCGGGCGGACAACUUUUGGGGCGGCCACUCACACCAGGUGGCCAUCGCCUUGGCAUUCCUUGUGGUUGUCGUCCUCCUGGCCUGUGUAGUGACGCAAACUUUCUAUGUAAUUAUCGGCUCUCGGCAACAACCAAAACAUUAGUGUUAUUUUAGUUUCAACACGUUUUUUAGCGCGUGGAUGCAGUACCAGGUUUUGUUUAUUUAUUCUUUUUUUUAGAUAAAAAAACUCAAGGAAAGCUCGGCUUUGAAUUAAUGAAGUGAUCACCAACCGGUCAGGGCUACAUCCAACAACCAACGAGAAACAGAAAAAAAUGAUAGAUAUACAGUGCUGCCGAGUUUAUGUAUUCUUCAAAUAAGUUAAUCUAUCUAUCAUUACUCACUA